AUGGCUAUACGCAUCAAAAUGAUUUUUUGGAUUGGACUUGCUGUUGUGCUAACAGGUGUGGGAAAGUCUGCCUUCAUCGGGAAGAGCCACAGCAAAGGGAAAGAUGAUCCUGUGCUGCAGUAUGUUGUUAACAACUCACUGAGGGAGCACCCAGUCCUCACCAAACUCAGACUGAGAACCCUUGAAGAUCCAUGGAACAUCAUGAUGGUUGCCAGUGAACAAGCCCAGUUUAUGGCAAAUCUUAUUAGACUGAUAAAUGCAACUAAAGCUAUUGAAAUUGGGAUGUACACAGGGUACAACGCUCUGAGCAUGGCUUUGGCCAUGCAAGUCAAUGGAAGUGUGGUAGCUUGUGAAAUACAAGACACCUAUGUGAACAUUGCCAAACCAUUUUUUAAAGAGGCUGGAGUUGAAAAUAGAAUUGAUGUGCGCUAUCAAAUAGCCAUGAAGACACUGAAUGAACUGAUAGCAGCCGGGGAAGCUGGAACAUAUGACUUUGUGUUUAUUGAUGCUGAUAAAUCCAACUAUGACAGAUACUACGAGAAGUCCCUCGAGCUCAUACGAACAGGGGGCAUCAUUGCGAUUGACAAUGUGCUGUGGAGCGGAAAGGUCGUGAAUCCUGAUCCCAGUGACAUCACCUCCCAGGCUCUGGAUGCUCUCAAUAAGAAGCUACACAAAGACCAGAGGAUUGAUCUGAGCAUGCUCACUGUGGGCGACGGGCUGUCCAUCGUCAUUAAACGCUAA